AUUUAUUUUUGAAAUACCAAAAUUUCAUUCAGAUGAAUCCUGAUCUAAUGUGCAAUUUAUACUCACAAAGCUAAUAUUACAAUCCCUUCUAUUACUUGCACCAACAAUAAAUGAUCUAAUACAUGAUGUGUUAAUAAUUGACCCCUACCAUGUAGCUGCCCUCAUAUAAGUACGAAACGCCAUUCGUUUUGAAUAAUGGAAUAACUCAGCAAUAGAUUGAAUCGCCAAAUAUCACGAAUACUGCCCAAAACAAUCAUUUAACUGAAGUUGACUAUGGACUGGAGGAAAAGUGCAAUUUGGGUGAUGACGAGUCUCAAUCAAGAGUAAAUGGACAUUGGACCAAACAAGAACAUUUAUCAUAUCUAGAAUUCGUCAAGAGUCAUGAGUCUAUUUUAAGGUCGAAGUACGAUAAGAAGUCAAAAAAAAUAUUCAAGUUAAUGAGCCAGUUCAUUCCGACUAGAACAGCUACUCAAUGUAGAUCUCAUCACUAAAAAUUUAAUCCCUUGGCAAAGGGUAAAAAGAAAAGCAGAUAGAUCAACAAGCAAAUCCCAACUGUCAUCCACCCAUGAAAAUGCCCUCUUUGAUUCUAUUAAUGUUAUUUCAAUUUUUUAAAUGGAACAAAAUU